AUGGCAACAAAUCGUCCAUCAUCAUCUAAUACUACUACUACUAUAUCUUCAGCUAUAAUUAUUCAUGAAUUAGCUGAAUUAUUACGUACAAAUGGACAUCGAGUUUUACAUGGAGAUAGUAAAGUUUGUUUUACAUCGGAUUCACUUACUCUAUUAAAUAAUUAUUUUCAUUCGGCUAAACUUAAUAUGACAUUACCAUUAAGUAAUGGUCAUCCAAGAACGAAUUCAUUGCCAUCAUUACCACCAUUACCAGCUGUUCAAUAUUUAAGAAUUACGACGAAACUUAGAGAUGAUUUAGUAUUUUUACAUGAUUUUUUACAGAAAAUACAAGUUGUUAAAGUAUGUUAA